AGGGCCAGGGAAGGAUUCCUGGCGAGAGAGCGCGGGGAGGGGAGGCAGGGGAGCGCAGGAGGUGGAGAGGCGAUCGAGGCGCAGAGAGAGAGAGAGAGCACGAGGAGGAGUCGGACAUAGCUGAUCUUGCUCGCAUUACCGGCGAGUUCAUUAUCUAUCUGUAGACAGGUGUGGCGAUCUGGAGGAGAUCGGGUGCAAAGAUUGGCAGGAAAAUUCGCAGGGCCCGUUGCUAUUAAGUCUGGGCAAGUGGGCGAGGGAUUUCGUCUUUGUCGUGUUUGACGCGGGGCGGAGAAAAAUAAAAUCUUGCGACGCUCUGAACAGGGGCUUUCGAUGGUCAAUCGGCUUCAGAAUCUGGAGCACAGAGUCGACACGAGCAAGAACGCAAGCGGAACACCCUGUUUCACGGCGCACAUGCACGCCUGAAGAAGGGUAAACAAAAACUGUCUGCCUCCGGGUCUGUGUCUUCUCGGACGCGCAAUUCUUGAUCAGGGCGACCGGCAGCGUUUACCGCCCUCAUCCGGCAAGAUCUGGCAGAAAUCGCAUCGUUCGGUCGAUGCGAGUGGGCUUCCGACCGAGCGAAGUUCCAGGCACGAGUAUGGUAUUAGAUACCGUGCCGUCUGGUGGAAAUUAAUGAGUGCAGCAGCCAACUGGUGACCGGCACGCAGAGAGACGAAGAGCGUGAGUUGCUGGUCCCGAGCAGGCACACUGGUGAGCACCACGAAGAGAUGAGUCUCUGCCUGCGCUGCUUCUUGGCUUUUCUUCACCUCGGGACGAGCAGUUGAUGACAUGAAAAUUGUGCGACGAGACAAACCCCGUGUAAGGACACCGCGGGACGCUUGAAUUUCGUGGACGCCUCGUGUGAUCUUUUGUUGUUGAAAAAGAUCCUUCUGUAGAGCUCGGAGAGGAUUCCGCGUCUCCCAGGCUACGUUUCUCACUGCCAGCCGGUGUGUGCCCGGAUCAAGUAGCCGACCUCAGUGCGGUCCAGCUUGUGAGUCCGGCCGCAGAAAAAUGGUGCUUCUUUUCCCUUUCCGAUAUCAUGGGUUUCAACCCGAGAGGAAGGAGCUGGCGCACCUUUACACCGAGGAUGUUACCAAUUUUUUCUCGACGCUCUCCAAAGGUCUGGACAACCUCGAGAAGGCUGUCAGUUCGGAUGGCUUGUCCUUUUCAUUCUUGGGGAUGGCCAUAGAUCUUUUGAGGUCUACUCACUCAGGAGCUCUUCUUGUGACAGAGAAGUUGAGGCUUCCUGCAAGUUGCAAAGGCGAAGAGUGGCUGAAUGAGUACAUGGACGAGACGGUGAAACUGCUGGAUGUUUGCAACGUGCUGAAAGUCGGGGUUUCUGGCUUGGAGCACUAUCAAAAUCUGGUGGACGUGGCCGUCCGAGGGCUGGAAGCGGCCAUAAUGUUCAGGCAUCAGGGCCCACGAGCUAUGCAUGCCCUGAACGCUUGCAAGCAAGAAAUGGCUCGGAUUGAGAACGAGCAUAAGAUUUUGAUGGAACACAAGAUCGAAUCCGAAGGGAGGCUCACUGUUAACAACCUCGGCGACAAGCAUGUGGAGAACAAGUUUGUGAAGUGGAAUGGAUUCUGGGGUGUCCUCUUUGCUAUGAAGAUUACGAGCUCUUACAUUUGUCGAUUACUUCUCUCCGCCAUAGUCUAUGCGGGGCCGAAUCCGUCCUUGAAUUUUGAGACUGUGGCCGUGAGGGUACCGUGGACAAAUUCUCUCGUGAGAUUGCAACAACGUGUGAACGAUGAGGUUUCAAAGACCCGCAACGUGAGGAAGUGUACGACAAUGCUGUCACAUGAAAUGGAGUUUGUGGAAACAACGUUGGCAGAGGUGCGAUCACAUAUCCCAACUAGCCUGAGGGGACCAACACUUCCUCUUCCGAACACUGAAGGUCUAGAGAAAAUUAGGCAACGUGUUUCGGCUCUGAAACAGCUUCUGCAAAAGUUCCAGACUGGAGUUGAGGCCAUCGAUUGGCACGUCAAUGACCUAUUUGACGAAAUAGUAGAAGGACGCAACAAGCUCCUGAAUAUUGUCAACAGUUCUUCGAGGUAGAUAGACAGUUCGAGUGUAGUAUAGAGUGGGCACGUACUGUGCUGGGAAUUAGAGCCUUAAGGAUGGAAGGAGCGUAAGUUUCAUGAUGCAAUUCUUGUCAAGCAAACCUUACCAACACCCCAUCCAAUAGCAAGCAAAUGAUACAGGAGCUUGAACAAUGGUCUACUAAACAGAGUUCAAAGUUUUGUCAGAUGAACCCUUCGGAUGAGGAACUCUUAAGUAAAGCGGUCUAGCUAGACAUCGGCUUCGGUAAUAUCUGAUUUCUCAGAUUUUUGGACCAAGGUACUGUUUUCCUAGCAAGGAGAUUCUUCCAUGGAAAUUUAAUCAAAGUUCUUACAGUAUGCCCAUGGGUAGUCUUUAGAAGAUGAGGCCUGUAUAGUAGAAGGUGUAUAGGUGUCAAAGAUGAGACAACAGCGUUUGCAAGGAUAAACUACGCGCGCUUGUGGACACCAGGAAAUGCAAAUGGGAUUUGUUUACUUGUUCCAUGCAGUGCUGAGCGUCGUAUUCCUUAGUUAUAGCUGCAACACUCUUACGAAGGUAGUACUUCGAGUAGCAGCACAAGACUACAGGAUAUAUGAAAGAUGUCACUCAUGGGUCAUCUUUUGUAUAGCAACCCAUUACUUGUCAGUUGGGAAUUGCUGGUGUAACAUGUAUAUACUGGUACAAGGUACCCUAUCAGUGUACAAUCUAAGCAUUGGAGU